AUGCCGAGCACGCCGCCGCCGCCGAGCGCGUGCGACGCGGAGAAGAAGGACUACGUGCUCCGCGAGCUGUCCAAGGUCUACGCGUCGGUCUUCCGCCCCGUCGAGGAAGCCACAAAGUUCGACGUUUUUUAUUCGUCGCUCCUCAACGAGGCCGAGUUCCGGACGCCGCCCAUGGUGCUGCUCAUCGGCCCCUACAGCGUCGGCAAGACGACGUUCAUCGAGUACCUGCUGGGCAAGAGCUUCCCCGGGGAAAGGGUGGGGCCGGAGCCGACGACGGACCGGUUCACGGCGGUCAUGUACGGCGAGGACGAGCGCACGAUCCCCGGCAACGCGCUGACGGUGGCGCCGAACUCGCCGUUCCGCGCGCUCCAGCGCGAGGGCAACAACUUCCUGAGCCGCUUCGAGGGGUCCAUGUGCACGAGCCCGCUCCUCGAGCACCUCACGCUCAUCGACACGCCGGGCGUGCUCUCCGGCGAGAAGCAGCGCGUCGCGCGCAACUACGACUUCGACGUCGUCGUCCAGUGGUUCGCGGAGCGCGUGGAUCUGAUCAUCCUGCUCUUCGACCCCUUCAAGCUCGACAUCUCGGACGAGCUCAUGUCGGUGAUCAAGGGCUUCAAGGGCCACGAGGACAAGGUCCGCGUCGUGCUCAACAAGGCCGACAGCGUGAGCCAGCAGCAGCUCAUGCGCGUCUACGGCGCGCUCAUGUGGUCCCUGGGCAAGGUGCUCAACACGCCCGAGGUCUGCCGCGUCUACGUCGGGUCGUUCCACGACGAGGAGCUGCGGGACCCGGACACGGCGCCGCUCCUCGCCGCGGAGAUGUCGGACCUGCUGGCGGACCUGCGGGACCUGCCGCACCAGUCGGCGAUGCGCCGCGUCAACGAGCUCGUCAAGCGCGCGCGGCUGCUCAAGGCGCACGCGUACCUGCUCGACCACCUCCGCGCGCAGAUGCCGUCGGUCUACGGCUUCGACAAGAAGAAGAAGGAGCUUCUGGACACGAUGCCGGCCCAGUUCCGCACGGUCUGCCGCGCGCGGGGCCUGAGCCCCGGCGACUUUCCCGACAUCGGCAAGUUCACGACCGUCGCGCGCGAGAUCGACUUCACGGAGUUCCCGAAGAUCGCCGGCGGCCGCCUCCGCAAGGGCAAGGCCAUGACAGACCUCGACCACGCGUUGAACGUCACGAUCCCGGGCCUCAUGGAGUUCCUCCCGCGCGGCAGGCGCGACGACGACCCGAAGCCCGAGGCCGAGCCCGUCGCAGACGCGGAGCCCGUCGCCGCGCCCGAGGCCGUCGUCCUCGAGACCGUCGCCAAGUCCUAG